UGUAAGCCUAAUAAGACAAGAAAAGAAACUGCUAGUUAAUCAAGAUCAAAGAGAAGUUUCUAUCCUUAACUGAUGGGCCAGUAUAUGGCCGUGUCCCUGACGUGUACACUAGAGGGCCCUGUAGCUCAGGCCUCAUUGCCUGUAUCUCAGAGUCUGAAUCAGUAGACUCUAGUAGAGCUAGCUAGCUAUGGCUAGACUGUUGUUAUGCUUCAAGCCCAUGAGAGAUGAACACACUAGAUCAGGACCUUCUCUGGGCCAGGGAUUGGCGGACCGCAGCAGCACUGGGACAGACGAAAGUAGCAGGCAUACAGUGGCCUAUGUGGAGCUCUUGAAGCACUCGACUGAGCCUCUGGGCCUGGUUCUGCAUGGAGGGAAGGACCUCGGUGUGCCUGUACAGGUGGAUGCCAUCAGACCAGGGGGCGUGGCAGCUAAGAGUGGAGCCCUCCAGCCUGGUGACUGGAUUCUUGGCAUCAAUGGAGUUCUAACUCAUAACUUCAUGCAAGCUGAGGUGAACACACUACUGCAGAAUGCGGGCAAUGUCAUCAACCUGGAGAUUGCCUUCGAGGCUCCUCCUGGUCCAUCCAACGAUGAUCACACUGUUAAGAAGACGGCCGCCAUUAACCUGCCUCGAGAGAAUAACGAGAACAACAGUUAUGGCUUCACCAUCAGCGGGGGUAGGACGGAGAAUCGACCAAUCACAGUGUCCAACAUCACCUUAAAUACCACCGCCUACAGGAAUGGUUUCCUGAAAGCUGGAGACCACCUUCUAAAGGUGAACGGUGUGGAUUUGACGCAAGCCUCACAGAAAGAGACAGUUGCUUUACUCAAAUCCUCUGGGGAGAUAUGUAGCCUGGAGAUACAGUAUGAUGUCCCUGUGCACAAUGUUCUGACUGAGGCCCAGGGCCCUAUGCUGGUGGAGCUGCUCAAGCCCAGAGGGGUCAGCCUGGGGAUCAGUCUACGUCUUGCCCCAGGGGAGGGAGAGCCACUGAGGAUAUCCCGUAUCAAAGAAGCGGGUAUAGCAGAUCGAUGUGGUGCCCUCCAUGUAGGGGACAGCAUAGUGUCACUGAACGGAGUGUCACUGGAGGGGAAGAGUGUACAGGAGGCCUAUCAGACACUCAAGUACUGUGACCUCCACAUGCAGCUGGAGAUACGACCCGGACAAAACCUCUCUGAUGAUCCAUUUGAUGAUGCCGUGUCCGGUGUGUCCAGACUGCCCUCCUUCUCCUCUCAACUCUCCAGGAGACCAUCAGCCUCGCAGUCGUCUGUGAGCUCCAUGGCGACUAGUACCCGGCUGACGUAUCACCCAGAGUCUAUGAUAGUAAGCCUGACGGCUGAUGAGGUUGGGUUUGGGCUCAGUCUGCAAGGUGGGGCCAUUGAGUAUGCCAACUACCCCAUUACCAUCUCCACCAUUGAGGACGGAGGACCAGCUGCAAGACUGGGUCAGCUACAGGUGGGGGACAGGGUUCUGGCUAUUAGCGGAAUUAAAGUGGACAGCUGUACUCUGCAACAGGCAGUCAAGCUUGUCAAGGAGGCUGGUCACGUCAUAGAGCUGGAGAUCAUGUUUGACAUACAAGAUGCUGUCGUGCCAUCUUCAGGCACAUUUGAAGUGACUCUUGAGAAAACUGCCAGUCUGAAUUUUGGAAUCACUAUCAAUGGGAGUAUUCACCAUGGUGACCAGAUAUGGAUCUCCAGGCUCAAGAAAGGGGGUAUAGCAUAUCGUACUGGCAUGCUCCACUCUGGGGACAUCUUGUUAGCUAUCAAUGGAGUGGGUCUAGAGACUGCCAAUCUGAGUCAAGCAGCAGAGAUGCUCAAGAAUGCAGGGGAAAGAGUAUCACUCAAAGUCAGCAAAGAGAAUGUCCCUACAGUACCAGAGACUGUAGUGUUUUCAGUGGUGCUCCAUCGUAACCAGCAGAGCCUCGGCAUCACCCUCACUGGCAAUAGGGACACACCCGGACACCCAGUCACCAUCUCUAAGAUCAAAGCAGAUGGUGUAGCUUACAAAACUGGCACCCUGAAUGUUGGAGACAGUGUGUUGGCCAUCAAUGGACAGAGUCUAGUCAAUGCCACUUUGCCCCAGGCCGUGUACAUGCUCAGCACUGCGGGGGACGUGGUACAGCUCAAGAUACGCAAGGCCACCAGUAGGUCAAGGAAGGGACGAGGCAGCCCCCCUGGGAAGAUUCACCGGCUUGGCAGUUUCCGAGGGACUGGUCGACUGGGCAGCCGAGCAGAGGGUCAAGAGAGCUACAGUCGUCUACUAGCCCUCAGGGCACGACGUUUCUCACAAUCCACCAUCGCUUCCACCAUUUCCGGUCGAAGUACUCCAGACAAUCACUCCACGAUAAGCGUGGAUGACUCCUCGUACAACGGAAGCUUCUAUGCACAACCAAUCGAUCCCUCCGGUAGAGACAGUGUUCUCAGCCAAUUAACACGAUCGGAAUUUGAAGGAAGUGCUUUUUCAAGACCGUCAAGUGCUCUGUCUAACUCUGGAAAAUACGUAUUCAGUCAGAAUGGUGUUGAUGGCUAUUCUUUUGCUCCUCCACAAUCCUCUAUUGAGUUGCAACGUCGUUUGGGGUUUUCCCCUAGACUACCCCCACCAAUUAAUGUUCGGAGUGAAACUGAUGAAGAACUAUCGCAAUACAGUGGCUGGGAAGACAGCACCUCAAAUCAAUGGACUAGGAGGCCAUCUUUACCUAUGCACCGUCCUGGGAGCAAGAAAUGGGACUUUAAAUCUCGAAGAAGAUCGUCGUUUAAGCCACCAAAAUUAAUAGGCCGAGUUUCUCCCCUCACACCAUCGGAUCCGCCCAAUUUCUCCUCUAGUUUGGAACUGGGAACGGACAAGCGCAUUCCACCGUCUCCAGUCAAAGAUCAGCCAUUACUUGAAGUUAGUGACGUUCCAGAAGAUAAUCAAGUGGCUGUAGAAAGUACCGAAAAUGAAGAAACAAACUCAGAAAUUCAUGUACUCGAGGUCGAACGGCCAGACAGUAAGCUGUCGUCAGUCGACUCUAACAGUGCGGAUAUAGAUAGGCCAGAGCGUAGAGGAAGCACUUCCGUCAGUGGGGGGGAUUCACAGUCAACUAUGAACUCACCUGAACCGCCCCCCACGCAGUCACCCUCGCUGCUACCGUGUGCAACACCAACAGUCACUGCGGAGGAGAGUACUGGAGAAUGGCCACCGACAGAUAUUUUACCAGGAUACGAAGAAGAAGACAGUCAAAAUCAAGAACCAAGCAGCUCUCCUACAGCUGUACUUACUACCGUGAAAGUAUUGAACGCAGUUACUGAUUUGGAUCACAAUCCUAGUACUAGAAGUUUGACUAGAAAACCCCCGAAAGUGGUCGUAUCUGAAUCGAUCACCUAUCCUACUAAGAUGGGUAAUGGCGCCGCCAUUUCCUCCCAAGCAUCUCUCAUGAAACCUGAUCUACUUCGGAGAACAAGUGCUCCAGACUUCUCAAUAGCUAUGAAAUCAAAACACCAGAACACUGAACAACCAAAAUCAAAGUCUAUCUCCAGUUUUGAUCCGUCCAACACUAUGCAAGACUACAAACAGACUAUCCACAAAGCUAACGAAUUUGAGAAGGCGAUGAGAGCUUUGGCCGAAUCUGGCUCCUCAGAUCAAGACAGUGACUCAGAGCCCCAUGGCAACCAAUCCGAGGCUGUGUCCGUUAGCGAGAGCGAGAAAAUCAAUGAUAAGAUGAAGACUGAUAUACCUAAGAACCAGCUCAACGUUCACCACAUUUAUCUCAAGAGAAGACUUGGUACUUCGUUUGGUUUCAGCCUCGCUGACGGAUGCUAUGAUCCAGGCAUCUUUGUGAAGGCUGUCAAGGAUGGGAGCCCAGCAGACAAGGCUGGACUGCUGCCUUAUGACAUUGUCUUAAAGAUUGAAGACACACUGCUACUAGCUGAGCACACUUGUCAGAAGAUAGACCCUCUGUUGAAGCAUUCCGGAGAGCACCUUGAACUCACAGUUGCUAGGCAACACCAUCAAGUAGUAGGGGAAUCUUACUGCUGAACACAUAUCAAUUAUUUCAUUAAUUAAUAUUCAAUUUGUAAUAAUUAUUGUAACGUCGUGUGAUUGUUCAGUUCAUUUUUAUGUCAAAUUCAUCAUUACUAACUAUAUACAUCAUGUCAACAGCUUAUAUCAAAACUGAACUGUUUUUCACUGUUAUUGUAUAAUUAUAAUUUGGUUUAUAAAAAUAAGGUUUUGCCUCAGAAACAUGUGUGUCCGAGGUCAAUAGUAUACCUAUUGUAA